UUUCUUUUCUAGUGGCUCACUGUUCGCUGCACAAUGACUCAAUGAAAAGUGGAGGGGAGAGGCAAGUGCACUGUACAGCUGCAACACAGAGAGAGAGAGAGACACACACAGGGGAGGAGAGGAAAAGAACCCAGUUGGAGGAGCUGGGGGACAAGUAGAAGAAGAAGAUACACUUGUCCUUUUCCCCUCUCUUUAUCUCUGUGAGAUUCCUCUCUGGGUUCAAGUGGCGAUUGUUCAGCUCCAGCUGAACUUCACCCACAUCCUCCAGCCCACUUUCACAAACAAGCAGAGAAGUGUUGGUGUGGCGACAGGAGGAGGGAAUCGGGUCCAGAUCAACCUGGAGAGUCGUGGAGGACAGCAGGAUGCCAGCGAGGAGAAGAAAGGAUGGAGCCGGGUCGGCGGCGGGUCUGUGGACGAUGCUGGCGUGGGCGGUCCUGGUGGGUCCGGGAGGCGCUGAAGGGUGUCCGGCUCCCUGCAGCUGCCUGGGGAACACGGUGGACUGCCACGGCCGGGGAAUCCACUCUGUCCCCAAAAACAUUCCCAGAGCGACUGAGAGGCUCGAUCUGAACGAGAACAACCUGACGGUCAUAACCAAGACAGAUUUCUCUGGUCUUAAACACCUCAGAGUUCUUCACCUGAUGGAGAACAAGAUCAGUAGCAUUGAAAGAGGAGCCUUUGAUGAGCUGAAGGAGCUGGAAAGACUGCGUCUUAACAGAAAUCGUCUCAGCCAGCUUCCAGAGCUGCUCUUUCAGAAGAACGAAGCUCUGUCUCGACUGGAUUUGAGUGAAAAUGCCAUCCAGGCCAUCCCAAGGCGAGCGUUCAGAGGAGCCACAGACAUCAAAAACCUUCAGCUGGAUAAAAACCACAUCACCUGUAUUGAGGAGGGAGCGUUCAGAGCUCUGAGAUCCUUGGAAGUGCUCACACUGAACAACAACAACAUCAGCAGCAUCCCAGUCUCCAGUUUCAACCACAUGCCGAAACUGCGAACCUUCCGGCUCCACUCUAACGCUCUGCGCUGUGAUUGUCACCUGGCCUGGCUGUCGCCAUGGCUACGGCAGCGGUCUGCGCUGGGCCUCUACACGCAGUGCAGUUCCCCUCCGGCUCUGCGGGGGCUCAACCUCGCAGAGCUGCGCAAGAGUGACUUUGCCUGCUCAGGCCACAGCGGCAGCGCCUUCGUUCAGCCGUGCAGUUUGGCGUCCGGUUCUUGUCCUCCAAUGUGUUCCUGUAGCAACAACAUUGUGAACUGCAGAGGAAGGGGCCUCACCGCCAUACCUGCCCACCUGCCGGAGGCCAUGACAGAGAUUCGUCUGGAGCAGAAUGGCAUCAAGUCAGUUCCUCCUGGUGCGUUCACUUCCUACAAGAAGCUCCACCGCAUAGACCUGAGCAACAAUCAGAUAUCUGAGAUUGCUCCUGAUGCAUUUCACGGCCUCCGAGCGCUCAAUUCGCUCGUUUUGUAUGGGAAUAAAAUCACUGAGCUGCCCAGCGGAGUAUUUGAUGGCUUGGUUUCUCUGGAGCUGCUAUUGCUGAAUGCAAAUAAAAUCCACUGUAUACGUGCCGCAGCGUUCAAAGACCUGGAAAACCUGGCUCUUCUUUCUCUGUACGACAAUAAGAUCCAAAGUCUGGCUAUGGGAACCUUUAGCUCACUGCACAGCAUCCAGACACUCCACCUGGCCCAGAACCCGUUUGUUUGUGACUGUCAUGUGAAGUGGCUGGCGGACUUCCUGGGUUCAAACCCCAUCGAGACCAGCGGGGCUCGCUGCGCCAGCCCUCGUCGGCUCGCCAACAAGCGCAUCGCUCAGAUCAAGAGCCACAAGUUCAGAUGCUCCGCCAAGGAGCAGUACCACAUCCCAGGUGAAUAUGUUUUUUAUUUAGCUUUAAUUUUGCAGUCACAGAAACAACAGGAGACAUUUGCAUCCUGUUGUUUGCACCCAGGCACUGAAGACCGACGUCUGAGCUAUGAGUGUAACAGUAAGCCUGUAUGUCCUGCUAAAUGUCGCUGUGAGGCCAAUGUGGUGGACUGCUCCAAUCUGCGCCUCACCAAGUUCCCAGAGCACCUGCCGCCCUCCACCGAAGAGCUGCGUCUUAACAACAAUGACCUGUCCAUGCUAGAGGCCACCGGCGCCUUCAAGGGUCUUUCUCAUCUAAAGAAAAUUAACCUGAGCAACAACAAGAUUUUAGAGAUUGAGGACGGUGCGUUUGAGGGCGCCUCGUCAGUGGGGGAACUUCACCUCACAGCCAACCACCUGGAGUCUGUGCGAGGGAGCAUGUUUAAAGGCAUGGAGGGUCUGCGCAUGCUGAUGCUGAGGAACAACAGGAUCAGCUGCAUCCAUAACAGCAGCUUCACAGGGCUGACCAACGUCAGGCUGCUCUCCCUCUACGACAACCAGCUCACCACCAUCCUGCCUGGAGCCUUCGACACUCUGCCCAACCUCUCCACGCUAAACCUGCUGGCCAACCCCUUCAACUGCGACUGCCACCUGUCCUGGUUCGGAGCGUGGCUCCGGAGCCGCCGGAUUGUGACGGGGAACCCUCGGUGCCAGAGCCCGGCUUUUCUGCGAGGCAUUCCUCUGCAGGACGUAGCGGCCCCUGAUUUCCGCUGCGAAGAUGGUUCUGUGCUGGAGGACAGGAGCUGCGUAGCGGGGCCCCAGUGUCCCAGUCAGUGUUCCUGUAUGGACACAGUGGUUCGCUGCAGCAACAAACACCUGCAGGCUCUGCCCAGGGGAUUACCACGUAACAUCACCGAACUGUACCUGGAUGGAAACCAGUUCACCAGCGUUCCUAAAGAGUUAGCCACCUUCAAGUACCUGCAGCUAGUAGAUCUGAGCAACAAUAAAAUCAACUCGCUGUCCAAUGACUCCUUCUCAAAUAUGAGCCAACUCACAACUCUGAUCCUCAGCUACAACUCGUUACGAUGUAUCCCUCCUCUAGCUCUGGCCGGCCUGCGCUCCCUAAGACUGCUCUCUCUCCAUGGCAACGACAUCUCUGAGCUGCAGCAGGGAAUCUUCAGUGACCUGGCCUCCCUGUCUCACCUAGCAAUUGGAGCCAACCCUCUGUACUGUGACUGCCGGCUGCUCUGGCUGUCAGACUGGGUGAAGAGCGGCUAUAAGGAGCCGGGCAUCGCGCGCUGCGCCGGACCCCAGGGCCUGGAGGGCAAACUGCUGCUCACCACACCUGCUGACAAGUUCCAGUGUCUGGGUCCAGUGGACAUUUCUGUUCAGGCCAAAUGCACUCCAUGCGUUUCCUCCCCUUGCCAGAACCAGGGAACCUGCCAAAUCCACCAAACCCAGCAGUACACCUGCGCCUGCAAGUCGGGUUUUACGGGUAAACACUGCGAGACUCCAAUCGAUGCUUGUGUCAGCAACCCCUGCACCAAUGGAGGAAGCUGCCUGAGAGACGAGCAGACAGGAGGCUUCAGCUGCGCGUGUGCAUUCGGUUUCCAUGGCACAUUUUGCGAGGUCAACAUGGAUGACUGCGAGGAUCACGGAUGUGACAAUGGCGCCACCUGUGUCGAUGGAGUUGGCAACUACAGCUGCUUGUGUCCUCCUAACUACAGAGGUCUGCUUUGUGAAGAGGAGGAUGAUGUUUGUUCUCCAGGUAGAAAUCCUUGUCAGCACCAGUCCACCUGCAUCAGCAGUCCUACAGGCCUCAGGUGUGUGUGUAUCCCUGGCUGGGUGGGACCAGACUGCGGCAUCGACUACAACGAGUGCGCAGAUCACCGCUGUCAGAACUCAGCUCAGUGCGUCGACCAUCUGGACGGUUACAGCUGCGACUGCCUGCGGGGAUUCAGUGGCGAGUUUUGUGAGGUGACAGAUCUUCAGCAGACACCCUGCCAGAUGGCCAAGUGUCAGAAUGGCGCUCCCUGUAACGACAAGUUGGGGACCGCAAUCUGUCAGUGUCCGCCUGGCUUUGAGGGCCAGAGUUGCGAGAAGCUGGUCAGCGUCAACUUCGUGGACAGAGAUUCUUACGUCGAACUUCAGGAUGUGAAAAACUGGCCUCAGUCCAACAUCACAUUGCAGGUGUCAACUGCGGAAGAUAAUGGCAUCUUGCUGUAUAAUGGUGAUCAUGAACCGAUUGCUGUAGAGCUCCAUCAGGGUCACGUAAGGGUCACCUAUGACCCUGGGAACCAACCUGCCACCGCUAUUUACAGCUCUGAGACGGUAAACGAUGGUAAUUUCCACACGGUUGAGCUGGUGACCUUUAAUCAGAUGGUGAACCUGUCUGUGGAUGGAGGAGAGCCAACGACUCUGGACAGCCAAGGCCGCGGCCAGCCGCUGACUAGAGAGACGCCUCUUUACGUGGGAGGUAUGCCCGAGGAGGUUAUACCGACUUCUCGAGGCCUCUCCUCUCAGAGCCUCAACACAUCCAGUUUCCACGGCUGCAUCAGGAACCUCUACAUAAACCACGAGCUGCAGGACUUUACCCGCAGCCAAAUGAAGCCAGGGGUUGUACCGGGCUGCCAACCCUGCCGCAGACUUUACUGCCUGCAUGGCAUAUGCCAACCCAACAGUGCACAGGGCCCCCAGUGCCACUGCCAGCCAGGUUGGACAGGUCAACACUGUGACCAGCCAAUCACUGUAGGCCUUAGUGGAGGGGACGUCGUCACCAUGGCGAAUGGUAUCAACCCAUGUGAGGGAAACAAGUGUGUGAAGGGCGUCUGCAUGGUGCUGGAUGCUCAAACCUACCGCUGUGAAUGUGAGAAGGGAUUCAGAGGAGCGCUGUGCAACCUCCAGGAGGAGCCCGCCGGCUCGUGCCAGAGGCUGCAGUGUCUUCACGGCUGGUGUCAAAAGACGGAGGACGGAGAGAGCUGUGUGUGCGAGCCGGGAUACACUGGAGAGAGCUGCGAUACAGAGACCCCAUGUCGAGGUGAGCCGGUCCGAGACUACCACCGGCUGCAGCGCGGCUCCGUUCUCUGCCAGACAUCAAAACCGUUCUCCUGGGUCGACUGUCGGGGUCACUGCCGGGCUGAAGCCGAGCGGGGAGCUGCCGCCGUUUCCUGCUGCGCCCCUCUGAGGGUCCGGCGGCGGCGGAUCACCUUCGAAUGCGAUGAUGGGACGUCGUUUACGCAGGAUGUGGAGAAGCCUGUGGAAUGUGGCUGCAAGAAAUGUGUGUAACUCUGAGGAAGGGAAGAUGAACGAUAUCCCACAGGCAGACCGCUUGAAACCCAGAACCCAACGCCAGCAGGCAGACCGUAUCAAACCCAGAACCAGACGCCACUAGG